ACCCAUGGUGCUUCUAGCGCGCGAAUUCAAGAUGGCGGACGCAGUUGCUCCUUUUGUUAGUUUUAAUAACAUAACUUAUUUUCGUAGUUUCGUAGCCUGUUUUGUGAUUGCUGUCGGGUAUGUAGCUAGUUUGUACAUAAAUAAGUCUCCUCUUCCUAGGGAUCAUCCGAAAACUAUUUAUCAGAGAUUCAAAAGUGUUGCGGUUGUUUCUCUGUCGGCUCCAGUUUAUGUAUGGCUUUGGUCAGACAACAGAUUGCAAACAAAUCAAGAACAUGCGGUUUAUUCGCUAUGGAGAUGGUUAGGAAUUCAUGUAAGCAACACCCUCACAGCAGCAGCACUUCCUCUAUUUUUGACAAUAAUUCUGUUUCUAGGACCCUUGCUGUUGCUGUUGCUAAAUGGAGAUGUUAAGCUUAAAUUAUCAGGUUAUUUCAAAUAUAAUUCAAUGUUACUAGACUCUGUACAAAUUCGUAAUUACAUAGUGGCCCCUUUAACAGAAGAGUUUGUGUACAGAGCCUGUAUGCUGCCAUUAUUGGUGCCUUGUUUUGGGGUUACAACGUCUAUCAUCAUAUGUCCACUUUUCUUUGGUGUCGCACAUGUUCACCAUGUCAUAGAGAGACUGUGUGUCAAUAAUGAAGAUCCUAAAGAAGUAUGGUUAUCAGCAUUGUUUCAGUUUGGCUACACGACAGUGUUUGGUGCUUAUUCUGCCUUCCUUUUUGUCAGAACAGGCCAUCUGAUAGGCCCUGUGGUAUGCCACAGUUUCUGUAAUUUCAUGGGAUUCCCACAGGUUGAGGAAGUACCGAAUUCGAAAUAUCCAAAAAUCAUCGCAGGUUCAUUUGUCGUUGGCCUUGUAGUCUUCCUGCUAUUGGCGUUACCGCUGACCGAACCUUCCUUGUAUGGCUCCAUCUACUACUUAUAGGGAUCCUAGAUUAGGUCAGCGUCCAUGUUGACCAGUGCAACACUGUUAGUGGUCUGCGCGGACAGUGUUACGGUACUUACCAUCAGCAAGUACACGGUAUGCCGUGCAGUAACAUUGAAAGGGCUUCUCAUAAGAAUGGUUUGAACUCAUACGAUAACCAUUCUUAUGGGAAGCCCUUUCAAUGUAACGGCUUGUCGUACCGUGUGACCAGUGUCGCACUGUGAGUUUCCAAACAAGAAGAAAAGUGCUCUAUGGAGUAUUUAUGCCAAAAAUAUUUUGAAUUCUACGAGUGCAAAGAUACACUAUUGUAGUAGGACUAAUUAUAACGAAUUGUAACUUUAUUGGAAACGGAAUUUAAAAAGAAAAACAUUGAAAGUUUGCAUUGAAAAUGCAUAGGAUUGGAAAUGAUUUAAACGAAAUUUUAUUGACUUAUAUUUAGUUAAAUCGAUUGAUUUACAUAAAGUCAAAAUAUAGUUUUAAUAAAGUAAAAUAUACUUA